UGCCCUCACAUCAUCCUCCCAUGGACGCAAUUGUGAUAGAUAGCAUAGCCAACAUCUUGUGCAGUCCUCUUCUCCUCCUCUUUAUAUUGGCUUCUGUGACUUCCUUAACCACUGCCUCCAUUUGUUAGGAUUUAUCUAGUAAUCUCUUCUUCUUAGCUCUUCUGCUAUUCCUCUUCUCAUAUUUGUGUUGUUUUCUUCUCCACCAUCGCGAAUGAUUAGAUCCUCAACAUCCCUUAAAAGCCAUGAGUAAUCUAAAGUUCCCAAGAGCGAAGGUUUGUUCUCAUCAAGUGUAUGAUCGAGGUUGAAGACACAAGCUUCCUCUUUAUCAAUUCUUGCUCUUUGAUGUUCUUCACGGAAGAAGUUUUAACAUCUUUGUUUUUCUUUGGCUUUUAGCCGGAUAUCAUAGAAAUCAUAGUCAUCCCUUUGAUGAAGGGAAGUGUAUAUUGUGAAAAACAAAAACAAAAACUUUAUACCGUCUUCAUCACACACUUGUUCUUGAAGCAAGUGUUACACACUUAGCUUUUUGUGAAGCAAUCUUAGGAAAGGUGGAAAUGGGGAAGGAGAAGGGAAAGAAGGGCCUCAUACUGAAGACUUUGGAACGGUGCCGGUCCAUCGGAGGCCACCGCAAGGAGGGGAAGCGGCACAUGGCUCCUGAAGGGUGCUUCGCAGUGUACGUUGGUCCCGGUAAGGAGAGGUUCGUGGUCCGAAUGGAGUGCAUCAACCAUCCUCUCUUCCAGAUGCUCCUCGACGAGGCCGAGAUGGAGUACGGGUAUGCGACGGAGGGUCCCCUCGAGCUCCCAUGCAACGUCGAGCUCUUCAAUAGGGUCUUGUGGGAGAUGGAGCAAGAACUGGUGGCAGGCACACCAAAGUGCAGCUUCACUAGAAGCCACUCCGGGUACCGCCUGCUAAGCCCAUCAAGGCCGAUGGUGAUCGGUCGAUACUAAGAACGAUCGAAGCAGCUUGUUAUGUUGAUGUUAUAGCUUCAUGUGGCUGUGUUACUAUGUACAAGCUAUGCAGAAGAUGUUUGCUUUCUCUCUCUCUUUUUUCAAUGUUUUUGAGGGUACCAAUCAACAUAGCUAAGUUGAUUGGUCCUUCAUUCUAUGUUAAGGCUUACAAAUAUAUACAUAUGGGUAUGGCUUCUUCGUGUAAUGAAGUUCUCAUGAGCUGCCUAUCAAUAUGUUUUAUUGUAUUAGUAAUUAGUUUUCAGCAGUAGUUUGGUAGUGUUGUUAAACAGCUUGUUUUGAUGCUAAUCUUAGCCUUUUAUGAGAUGA